AUGAAGUUCUCUGCUACUCUCGCUUCCCUCUCCCUCCUCGCGGUCUCGGUUUCCGCUCAUAGACUCCCUUCUCGCUACGCCGCUGCCCGUCGUGGUGACCAAUUCGUGACUGGCCCAUGCACGACCGACUCGGACUGCCAGCAAGGCUGCUGUGGGUUCACGACUGGCAAAUGCGCUGGCCCGGCUGUUGCCCAGACUAACGGGUCUGGUGGAUGUGGCUUUGGCACUGCUGCGCCUAACUGUAAUGUGGCCAAGGCCCUUGGUCUUUCUGACUGUGUUGCUGGAGCCGUGAAUGGUGACAUCACAUCCCCCGCGAUCCAACAAGUCGCUGCUCUUGUCGCCCAACUCAACAACCUUCCAUUCACCCCCGCUGCACCCGCUGCAGCUGCACCACCAGCCGCUGCACCACCAGCCGCUGCCCCACCAGCCGCUGAAGCCCCAGCGGCUGAAGCCCCCCCAGCGGCUAACAAUGCAGGGGCCGGUGCUGCGGCUGGCGGCGCUGGAGCUGAUGCACAAACAUCUUUGACUCUUGACCCCGCUGUCAUUGCAAAGGGUUUCGCUGACGACGGUCAAAACCCACCCACCGCAGGACAAACGGCCUCCAAGACCACGACCAACAACUGGAUUAAUUUCUGCAAGCUUACUCUCCCCGGCACCCCACUUACCGACGGAAAGCAAGUCCAGGGUGGCUCGUGCAACCCAACGCCAAUGGGUCUGCUCCCCUCCAUCGAGAAGAUGCCCUCCGCCAAGUUCAACUUCCCCAAGAACACGGACUCGAUCAACGCCAACGUCCCUUUUAACGCCUCGCUCAACGUGCUCAACUUCCAGACUGGUGUCUUCACCAACGCGCAGAAGACCUACUUCUCUGCUCCCCAGACACUCAACGCACAAGGCGAAAUCAUUGGUCACACCCACAUCGUUAUUGAGACUCUGCAGAGCAUUGAUCAGAUCACCCCCACCGACCCCAAGAAGUUCUUCUUCUUCAAGGGUGUUGACGACCCAGCGCAGAACGGCAUCGCCAUCGCCUUUGUCGCCAAGGGUGUCCCGGUCGGCGCGUACCGCAUGUGCUCCAUCAACACCUCCGCCAACCACUCUCCCGUUGUUGGCCCCAUUGCGCAACACGGUUCGUUUGACGACUGUGUCUACUUCACGGCCAAGUAA